GCACUUGGGCCAGGUGGCAACGUAUAGAUACAGCACGUGUAAAAACAUUUAAGAAAUUGAAUUACUGUUUAUUUCACAUAAAAUGGAUGUUGUCAAAGCGGUUUUAGAAAAGCAUCAAAAGGAAUUGGAUAAAUAUAAGCCAAUUACAGUUGAAAAGCACCUAGAAUGCCGUUUAGAUGUGGGCACGCUACUUAUUACAGAUCCCAAUGAUUUGGAGGACCGGCAGCUAGCCAAUGACAGAGAAGAGUAUCUGUCUGCCCUAACACGUGACAACACACAGCUGCUGUUAAAUGCCAUCUGGGAACUGCCCACAGAGCGUGUGGACGAGAGCAUCGUGGCCAAGCUGCCGGAGCCAACAACAGUUCUGCCGCGUCUACGAAAACCUCCAGGCCCGCGUCCAAUGACCAAGUGGGAGAAGUUCGCCAAGGAAAAGGGCAUCACAAAGACGAAGAAGGACAAGAAAACUUACGAUGACGUUCUGGACAAAUGGGUGCCCACGUAUGGCUUCAAACGUGCUGAGGCUGAGAAAGACAAGGAUUGGGUACUGGAGGUGCCCCAGAAUGCCGAUCCCAACACAGACAUGUUCCAAAAGAAGAUCGAUUUGCGUAAUGAAAAGGUGGCCAAGAACGAAAUUCAACGCAUGAAGAACAUUGUGCGCGCCAAGAAGAUUGAUAUGCCACGCAGCGGUUAUCUCGGUCCCGAGGCCGCUUCAUCAAAUCAACUGCUGACCGCCGUAACUGUUGCAAAAUCUUCGACGGCAUCUGUGGGUAAAUUCCAAAGCAAACUACCCAAGGAGAAGGAGGCACGCGGCCUGGGCGUAAAGGAACUGAUACCAGGUGGCAAACGCAAAGCAUCGCAUAUCACAGCUCAGCCCGAGAGGGAGGCCAAUUUGGAUCUCAUCAAGAGUGUGCUGAACAAAAAGCCUAAACUGGAUGUCGAGAAGGCGAUAUCACUUCAAAAGCAAGACGAGCGAUUGGAACGUGAGGCUGAAGGCGCCAACAGACCUGCUAAGAAGGGAGGCAAGAAGGGCGGUAAAGGAAGUCGCAAGGCGGUUGGCAAAAAGCCAAAGGGUCAUCAAGGCCAGCGUGCGCCAGGCAAAAAGGGUCAGGCUGGACGCAAACGUCGCUGAAACCACUUGCGUUGUAACUAGGACACUUUUAUUAACAAAAACACAAUUUACAUGAUAAAUACAAUGAUAAUAUUUAAGCACA